UUCCCUGUACCAUUGACGGCGACACCAGUACUAUGUUUUCUCUCAGGGCCUUACUCAACUUGCUCAUGAACUGUAGCCUAUCUGCAGCUAUUGCAUUAAAUCUACCCCCUGUGGAUAUUGAAGUGUCGCCAUUAACUAAAAGCAUAGUGAUUUGUAAUGGUGACAGUGCGGUCUUGAAAUGCGCAUAUGGUGUGCUUCAGAUAACUGCUGCGAACUAUGGACGUACUAGUAAAUUUGACUGUAAAGGGCGUCCAGCCUUUCCCCCUAACCCCAACUGCUACUUCAACGCACUGGCUCCUGUUUCACAAAGCUGCAAUGGGCUGCAAAGUUGUGAAGUUUUUGCUACAACUGAUACCUUCACUGAUCCCUGCCCUAAUAUGCGCCCAUACCUUUUAGUCACCUACUACUGCCUCCCACCUGAAAUCCGUUCAAGUGCAGUCUGUGAAAAUGCCAUUGCUAACUUCAAAUGUGAGGAUGGAUCUCUCAUACACAUCCAUACUGCUAACUACGGGCGAACUGAUAGCAGCACAUGUGCUGCUGGACGACCUGCUUCUCAAACUGCCAAAACCAACUGCUAUGCCCUAAAUUCACAGACACUGGUUGCUAAUGCAUGUGAAGGGAAGAACAGCUGCUCCAUUUCAGCCUCCAAUGGGGUCUUCUCAGAUCCAUGUUAUGGCACAUACAAGUACCUGUACACCGCAUACUCCUGCGUGCCUCAGUCUUAUUGGAGCUAAUCUUGUGGAUUUGGAUUGUCAGCAUCUUCACAUGGCUCCAUUUUAAAUUUAAAGCAUUCCCUUAACAAUGGUUUAAGAAGUUAACAUAACUGUUAUUUAGUAUCUUAUGGAAAAGUUUUUCCUUGCUGGCAUAAUUGUACAAUACUACUUUAGUAAUCUAAAUUUCAUUUGUGCUGGUGUCAACUUUUUUAAAGUACUAUCAUCGUUGCUCUGUUGGAAGGUUACUUUCAAUAUAAACUCUUUAAAAAAAA